AUGUUGGAGUUCGCUCGAGGAAAGACCAACAAACUCACCGUCCUUGAACAUGAUGCUGAGGACCCCGAGGAAUGGAAUUCACUAACAGAGGCGCGACACCUGCUGGCCGAGUCCUCCGAGCCCGAAGCAGCGCCUAAAAUCUUGAGACGGAAACGAAGUCUGGGGACUGCCGCACUUGACAUUCCCCAUGGCCGCUUGCCAUACAAACGCGUUCCCGGCAUCUUCAACCUGGAGUAUCUCGGGCUGCUAAACGAGGAUAUCGACGAUGCCAAGGAAAACAUCAUUGCCCAGCCAGAUCCCACAAAGCUUCUCGCUACCCAGAUUGGCAUGGUGACAUGGUCGGCCACGGAGAAACAGCUGUUCUUCGAAGGUGUCGGAAGGCUUGGGAAGGAGAACCUCCCAGGAAUAGCUGCCCGGAUUCAGACCAAGAGUAUCCUAGAAGUUGCGCAAUAUAUCCAGCUUCUCGAGAAGGAAGUCCAGGCCAAUCUAGCACGGCCCCGCGACACCAUCAUCACGGCCGACAUACCUGCGGCUAUGGAAAUCAGCCCCCAAUGCUGCUUAGCUCUAGAUGCCAUGGCCGACGAAAUGUCCUUGCGGCAGCAAAGAUAUGAGGAAAAGCAGGAACAGCAAAAGUGGGAAGAGUUCCCCUGGGUGGUUUCUCAAAGCGUUGCUUCUGAAAUGGAAGAGAACCCGGAUGCGUAUGGCGAACCUUUUACAAAGUUAUUCCACCUCCCUACGUGGUUGAGCCUAUCCGACCAGGUGUUUAUGAAUGCGUCCUUUCCCGAGAGCAACUGGCUCUUUGUCGACGAGGAACCGCCUUCCGAUCUCGUCAAGACAAGGGACGUUUUGGCAGCCGUGGACUCGCUCGGCCUCUCUCGCGAUAGCAGCCAGUUUUGGGCUAAUUGCCCAAGGAGGUUGAAAUUAGACGUAUUUGACGACGAGGGGUUGUAUGACUAUAGCGAUGAACAGUCCGGCGCCGAAGAUGGUGCUGACGGCCCGCCUAUUCUUUCUUUUGCGGACGCAGAGGAGGCCCUAGGACUGAAGAGUGAGCGACUUAGUGAUGCAUCAAGUGAGCCCGAGAGUGAUGGGGAAGACAGGGCCACCGACUCGGAAAAGCUAGGUGAUAAGCACACCGCUGAUGAUAGCGAUGCCGAUGAGGAAGAUCGGGCGCUACUCGGGGCUGUCGAAGAGAGCUUGAGCACCGAGAUCGGGGCAGGUGACAAAGACCUCCAAGUGCAGCUCGAUGCCCGCGAGCUCCUUAUCCACACCGCCCUCGAUAUUCCAUCGAGCACACGCACGGUUGAGGCCGUGAAGCGUCGCAUAUUGGUUGAAAUGAACCACGAGGCAUACGCCGAUGCCUGCGAUGAGGUGGCGAGCGCAAAUGAGGAGCUAAAGCUCUGGGAGAUCUUGAGGCUUGAACCCCCGGCCGGCCUCGCCGCCCGCACUCGGGCGGUGGAGCCGAUCAAGAGAGAGAUGACCUUUACGGAUGCCUACCUGAAUAGGGAUGAAUGGAGGAAGAGCAUCAAAUACGUAAGCGAUUGGGAGGCGAACGCUGCCGACGCCAACCGCAGCGCGUGA